AUGCUUGAGGCCCAAGUUCAGCUUGCUAGCCUGUGGAAGCGGUUGGUGGAAUGCGUCAAUGGUUUAGUGAAUGAGGCUAACUUUGACUGCAACCCUGGUGGCUUAUCGAUACAAGCGAUGGACACAAGCCACGUUGCUCUAGUGCAUAUGCUUCUCCGUGACGACUGCUUCAUCAAGUACCAGUGUGAGCGCAACAGCAUCCUAGGUCUUAAUCUUGCUUCACUCUCCAAGGUACUCAAAAUUGUCGAUAGCACCGAUAGCCUUACGCUACGUCAUGAUGAUGACUCGGAUUUGGUAACGCUGCUUUCAGAAAAUGCCGAAAAGACGCGCAAAUGUGAGUAUCAACUUAAGCUUCUAGAUAUCGAGGCAGAGGCCAUGGGGAUUCCUGAACUGGACUAUCGGAGCACGGUCACUCUCAACUCCAAUGAGUUUGCAAAGAUUGUACGGGAUAUGGCCAUCUUUGGAGAUACUGUUACGAUCAGUAUCAGCAUGAAAGGUGUCAAGUUUAGUUCCUCCGGUGACGUUGGGCAAGGAUACACUUUUUUACAGGCAUCUGGUUCGUCGCUCCGCCGUCCCAAACCGGAAGUCAAGUCUGAAGUCAAAGCUGAGUCUAAUGAGGAUGGGGAGGAUGAAGUUCCGCUAUCUCGCAAGUAUAAACAGGAGCAACAAGCUGCAAUUGGAGUUGAAGUGGAGAUGGAGGAACCCAUCACACUUUCUUUCGCUCUGCGAUUCAUGAAUAUCUUUGCAAAAGGGUCAAGUCUCAGUGAUCGCGUGACGCUGAAGUUUGCCAGGGACAGCCCAUGUAUGGUUGAGUACAGUAUCGACAACGUCGGAUACUUGCGCUACUAUCUUGCACCUAAAGUUGACGAUUCUUAG